UAUAGAGCCAGCGACCCAGCAUAGGGAAGGAGGAGACAGAAGAAGAAGAGGACAGGUCCUAACAAAGGCAUACACAGACAAACAUACGGACAACAUGAAGCUUCUUUUUGUCGUUGGUGCCGCCGUGGGCGUGACCUCGAUGGCCGUGGCUCCCUCCUUGCACCAUGAGCACGCCAAGGCCGACGGCACCCAUGACCCUGGACUCCCCGAGGCCCCUUUGACGGACCAGACAGUCGACAAGGCCGCCACCCGUGGGGGGUGGGUUGCGUCAUACUCGUAUUCGGGGAAGUUCAAAUGGGAGCAGCCCGAACGAUGGCUGCCUACUGGCCCCGAGUACCUCGACAUUGACGCUCUCGAGAAGGGGUACCUCGCUCAUCUUGUGGAUAUCCAGAGCCCAACCUCCUGGCUGCGUUCGGGUACUCUAUCAGUCAAGCGUUUCCUGGCCGGUCGCGGCUAAUGUGUCUGCCUCUACCUUUGGGGGUAUCCUCCUCGAAUCAGCGUGUGAUGCAUUCGAGAGCUGUACUGGUCGAAUGGUUACAUAAAUGAGGUAGAUGGGCAAUGUACCAAGGAUGGAGAGUUUGGAGUACUUAUUUCCUUAAAUCAACUGGUUUGAUGAUCCGCG